CUCCCUUCCCUGCUGCCGGCGCCGCCUCGGGCUCUGGGACGCGGGGGAUCCCAUUUGCCGCUUGCCUGACCACCGGACUGAACUUGCCCACUGAAAGCCAGCCCGGAAGAACUGGAGAAUGUCCACCCCGAGCAGAUUCAAGAAGGACAAAGAGAUCAUCGCCGAGUAUGAAAGUCAAGUCAAAGAAAUACGAGCUCAACUGGUGGAACAACAGAAAUGCCUGGAACAACAGACGGAGAUGCGAGUUCAGCUGCUCCAGGACCUGCAGGACUUCUUCCGGAAAAAAGCCGAAAUCGAGACAGAAUAUUCUCGGAACCUGGAGAAACUAGCGGAAAGGUUCAUGGCCAAAACGAGAAGCACCAAGGAUCACCAGCAAUACAAAAAGGACCAGAACCUGUUGUCUCCGGUGAACUGCUGGUACUUGCUCCUGAACCAAGUGAGGAGGGAGAGCAAAGACCACGCCACCCUGAGUGACAUCUACCUGAAUAAUGUGAUCAUGCGGUUCAUGCAAAUCAGCGAGGAUUCCACCAGAAUGUUUAAAAAGAGCAAAGAGAUUGCAUUCCAGCUUCAUGAGGAUUUAAUGAAGGUUCUUAAUGAGCUUUACACGGUGAUGAAGACGUACCAUAUGUAUCACGCAGAGAGCAUCAGCGCAGAGAGCAAGCUGAAAGAGGCAGAGAAGCAGGAGGAGAAGCAGAUCGGAAGGUCGGGGGAUCCAGUCUUCCACAUUCGACUGGAAGAGCGACAUCAGCGACGAAGCUCUGUAAAGAAAAUCGAAAAAAUGAAAGAAAAGAGACAAGCAAAGUAUUCAGAGAAUAAGCUGAAGUCAAUUAAGGCACGGAAUGAGUAUCUCCUAACACUUGAAGCCACCAAUGCCUCAGUUUUCAAGUAUUAUAUUCAUGAUCUUUCAGAUUUAAUUGAUUGCUGUGAUCUUGGCUACCAUGCGAGUCUGAACAGAGCCCUGAGGACAUACCUCUCCGCCGAGUACAACCUGGAAGCAUCCCGGCACGAAGGUUUAGACAUCAUUGAGAACGCCGUGGACAAUUUGGAGCCCAGGAGUGACAAGCAGAGGUUCCUGGAGAUGUACCCUGCUGCCUUCUGCCCCCCGGUCAAGUUUGAGUUUCAGUCUCACAUGGGCGACGAGGUAUGUCAGGUCAGCGCGCAGCAGCCAGUCCAGGCUGAGCUCAUGUUAAGGUACCAACAGCUGCAGUCCCGACUGGCCACGCUCAAGAUUGAGAACGAGGAGGUUAAGAAAACGACGGAAGCCACCUUGCAGACGAUACAAGAUAUGGUCACCAUCGAGGACUACGAUGUCUCCGAAUGCUUCCAGCAUAGUCGCUCCACAGAGUCUGUCAAGUCCACUGUCUCCGAAACCUACCUGAGCAAGCCCAGCAUUGCCAAGAGAAGAGCUAACCAGCAGGAAACUGAGCAGUUCUACUUCAUGAAACUCAGAGAGUAUUUGGAAGGCAGUAAUCUCAUCACAAAGCUGCAGGCCAAGCACGACUUGCUGCAGAGGACCCUCGGCGAAGGUCAUAGAGCUGAAUAUAUGACUACCAGGCCUCCAAAUGUUCCCCCUAAGCCCCAGAAACACAGGAAGUGCAGACCCCGCUCACAGUAUAAUGCUAAGUUGUUUAAUGGGGAUUUGGAAACAUUCGUCAAGGACUCAGGACAGGUUAUCCCCCUCAUCGUGGAAAGCUGCAUUCGGUUCAUCAACCUCUACGGUCUUCAGCAUCAGGGGAUUUUCAGAGUAUCUGGUUCCCAAGUGGAGGUCAAUGAUAUUAAAAAUUCAUUUGAGAGAGGUGAAAAUCCAUUGGCAGAUGACCAGAGUAACCAUGACAUUAACUCGGUGGCUGGCGUUCUGAAGCUCUACUUCCGUGGGCUGGAAAACCCCCUCUUUCCUAAGGAAAGAUUUAAUGAUCUGAUUUCGUGUAUCAGAAUAGAUAAUCUCUAUGAGAGGGCGCUCCACAUCCGCAAACUCCUCCUAACCUUGCCCCGGUCGGUCCUGAUAGUGAUGAGGUACCUCUUUGCUUUCCUCAAUCAUCUUUCACAGUACAGCGAUGAGAACAUGAUGGAUCCUUAUAACCUGGCCAUUUGCUUUGGCCCCACAUUGAUGCCUGUCCCAGAAAUACAGGAUCAAGUGUCUUGCCAGGCCCAUGUGAAUGAAAUUAUCAAAACCAUCAUCAUCCACCAUGAGACCAUUUUCCCAGAUGCUAAAGAAAUGGAUGGCCCUGUUUAUGAGAAAUGUAUGGCUGGAGAUGACUAUUGUGACAGCCCAUACAGUGAACACGGUACAUUGGAGGAAGUGGACCAGGAUGCUGGGACGGAGCCCCACACCAGCGAAGAUGAAUGUGAGCCGAUAGAGGCGAUAGCCAAGUUUGACUACGUUGGACGAUCUGCCAGGGAACUCUCCUUCAAGAAGGGCGCCUCCCUGCUGCUGUAUCACCGCGCCUCUGAGGACUGGUGGGAAGGCAGACACAACGGGAUCGACGGGCUUGUGCCGCACCAGUAUAUAGUGGUGCAGGAUAUGGAUGAUGCAUUUUCAGACACCCUGAGCCAAAAAGCUGACAGUGAAGCCAGCAGUGGGCCAGUCACUGAGGACAAGUCUUCAUCCAAGGAUAUGAGCUCCCCGACAGAUCGCCACUCAGAUAGCUACUUAGCCAGACAAAGAAAGAGAGGAGAGCCACCCCCUCCGGGUAGGCGUCCUGGCAGGACCAGUGAUGGCCAUUGCCCGCUCCACCCACCACAUGCUCUCUCCAACUCUUCUGUGGAUCUGGGGUCCCCAAACCUGGGCAGUCACCCCCGGGGCGUCCUGCAGAACCGUGGCCUCAACAGUGACAGUCCUGAGAGGCGGCGCCGCCCUGGCCACGGCAGCCUGACCAACAUCAGCCGGCAUGACUCCCUCAAGAAAAUUGACAGCCCUCCUAUCAGGAGGUCUACAUCAUCAGGGCAGUACACGAGCUUUAACGACCACAAGCCACUGGACCCAGAGACAAUUGCCCAGGACAUUGAAGAGACAAUGAAUACUGCUUUGAACGAACUCCGAGAACUGGAGAGACAGAGUACGGCGAAGCAUGCCCCAGAUGUGGUGCUGGAUACCUUAGAACAAGUGAAAAAUUCUCCCACCCCAGCCACCUCCACCGAAUCUCUCAGCCCCUUGCACAGUGUGGCCCUCAGGAGCACGGAGCCCCAGAUCCGCCGCAGCACCAGCUCCUCCAGUGACACGAUGAGUACUUUCAAGCCGAUGGUGGCACCCAGGAUGGGUGUGCAGCUGAAGCCCCCAGCUCUUAGGCCAAAACCUGCUGUUCUUCCAAAAACAAAUCCUACCAUGGGACCUGCUCCGCCUGCCCCGGGUCCGACAGACAAGUCUUGCACGAUGUAAAAAAUGAGCUGAGCAAGGUUUUAUG